UGGUUUAUUGAGAAUCUUUCCUUUUGUUUUUCUCCCCUUCUUCCUUUUGGCUUAAGAUUUAUACUGGUUGCUACCAGAUGACUAACUUGUAGGAAUGCCAAUCCGUGCAAGAGAAAAUAAAGGAUUCCACUAUUGAAGUUGUCGGAUGGAGUGGUUUAGUCGCAACCGCGGAUUGGCAGAUGACAUCCUCAAAGGAUUUAAUAUCUGCCAGCUGUGCUUGUCUCAUGGAUGGUGCACGAUAUACAGUGACACUGGACGAAUUCAAGCUUUUUCAUGGGAUUGACAGAUCAUUGUAUGUUAUUCUCAUCAGGGAUCUGGUGCGUGAUCCCCUGGAGUGCCUGUACAUUAUGGGUUUGUGGCUAUGGUUGGAACGCGCUGGUUUCUAUCAUUUCAUAAGUAAGAUCUUAUCUCUUCCUCCAUUUCUGAUCAACGAGCUUGCUGAUGAAGCUGUAACAUGCAUCAAGUGCACAAACACACAGUUCCCUUUCUCGUCCGAAUCAACUGAAAUCCCAUUAACCCACAGUCUUGUGAAAAAGGAUAUAUCUCUGCAGUUUUUCCAUGAAAACCAUCUCACCGCUUUCUGUGAGAUUGAAGGUUUGGUAAGAGGAGUCUGCAUACCAUCACUGUCUGAUAUACUGGAGAAGGAUCGCUAUGGUGGUUAUCUCAAAACUCCUAUGAAAGGUCCGAUGAUGGCCCCGAGUCACGCUGCAUCAACUUCAUCUUCGAGCUCUGUGCGGGAACCAUCUUCUAUUGACAACCUGUUGAUGCAAAGCUUUACUAGCUUGGGAAUUGUUGUUGGUGGAGAUUCCCCCACUUCUCGUGGCAAGGCUCGUACUACUGAGGUGUCGCGGAAUGAGAGGACCAUGUUUGUCACCUUCUCCAAAGGCUACCCCGUAAGUGAAACUGAGGUGAGGCAGUUCUUCAGCAGGCUCUUUGGAAACUGCAUUGAGUCGUUCCACAUGCAAGAGGUAAAGCCCGAAGAGCAAUCUCUUUAUGCUAAAAUCGUGUUCUUCAGGCCAUCGUUCAUCCGUUCUAUUCUUAACGGCGUGAGCAAGGCCAAAUUCACCAUCAACGGUAAGCAUGUCUGGAUGAGGAAGUUUGUGCCCAAGAGCAGCAGACACCCACCUUGCGGAUGCCCGUCCAUCGGAGCUUGUACCUGCUGUUUCUUCUGAUGUACACUCAAUAUGAAAUGUUGUCUUAUCUUUAGAUGUCCCAUUUUCGUGUUUCUUGUCUGUCUAGUCUUAGAAUUUCUGAGGUCUAAGUAGUGUUGGAGUCGUGUGAAUAGUCUGACUGACUACCUAAGUCCACUUCAUGGACAUUGUAUCAAAGCUCUUCUUAGUUUA